AUGUCGACGGCGACGUCGACGCGCGCGCUCGGCGCCGCGCGCGCGACGACGACGAGAAACACCGCGCCGCGCGCGACGACGACGCGGCGCGCGCGCGCGCGCGUCGACAGAGUCGAGGUCCUCGCGCGCGCGGAGAGCGUGGAUAGCGACGGCGCGAACGGCGCGAACGACGCGAACGACGGCGAGCGGGGCGCCGUCGACGGGCGAGACGCGGAGUAUUACAAAGGAUUCGUCACCGAACCCGUGGCGGUGGAUCUGGAGGAGCGCGACAUCUGGACGCCGACGAUUAAUUUGGUGACGAGGAGCGCCGUCGUGUUGGCCGGGUUGUUCGCGGCGUUUCUUUGGAGUAACGGGCUGCCUCCGUUCGCCGGGUGA